GUGAAAGUUGAAGCUUCCCCAUCAAAAUCUGUAAACAAAAACAGAUUAUCUGCCAUGGAGUUGAGUUCCACAUCACCACCACAGCCUGCAAAUCAUCCUCAUUCACCUGCAGAUUGGGACCAACUUGCCAGAAGCUUUGAGAUUACAUCCACAUCACCACCACAGCCUGCAAAUCAUCCUCAUUCACCUGCAGAUUGGGACCAACUUGCCAGAAGCUUUGAGAUUACUUCUCUCUCUCUCUCUCUCUCUCUCUCUCUCUCUCUCUCUCUCUCUCUCUCUCUAUGAAGCCAAGUUGAAGGGAAUUAAUUAGAUUUUUUUUUAAAUAGAAAAGAAAUAAGCAAGAGAGACAAUUGUCCCUCCACCAAAAGGCCAAAAACCAUUUCUUGAAGACAAACACAUUUCACCAAACACCUAAUUAAACAAAUCUCACAAUCCAAUAAUCCUACUAAAACUCCCUUAAUUCUCUCUUAAUCUACACCUUCAUAUCUUUCACUUUUCUUAUAUUUUCCUUCUUCCUCCUCCCUCUCUCCCACUCCAUCUCUCUAUCUCAUGCAGCUACCUCGCAGAAAAACUCUCUCUCUAUCCGAAUCUGCGGCAAUGAAGGUACGCAAGAACAACCACCUCUCCAUCUUCGUCGUUGUCUCUUCGGUCUUCCUCUUCGGGGUGUUCAUGUACAAUGAGGACGUGAAGUCCAUCGCCGAGUUUCCAUUCUCGAGCCACAAAACUCAAGAGCUACAGGAAGAACGACAGUCGUCGAAACAGAGCGACCCGGUUCAAGAAACGAAACAGACCGACUCUGUUCAUGAAACCCAAAACAGAGUGUCUCUGAGCUCGAGAACCCAAUUGGCAGAAACCCAUUUGGAGAAUCACAACUCUGAGGAAACCCAGUUGGAGAAUCAUAAUUCGGAAGAAAUCCAGUUGGAGAACAACAACUCGGAUGAAACCCAAGAGCCGGUUGAUCUGAAAUCCAUCGUCGAACAACACGACGAUCAGAAGAUUGAAUUGUUGGGUUCUGCUCAGGAAGAAGAGGAAGAGGAGGAGGUUGAACUGCCGCCGGAAGAUUGCGACUUGUUCAACGGAGAUUGGGUUUUCGAUCCGGUGACUCAUCCUUUAUACAAAGAAGAAGAAUGUGAGUUUCUUACGGAGCAAGUGACUUGCAUGAGGAAUGGAAGGAAGGAUUCUCUGUACCAGCAUUGGAGAUGGCAGCCCAAAGGCUGUAAUCUCCCAAAGUUUAAUGCGAGAUUGUUGCUGGAGAAAUUGAGGAACAAGAGGCUGAUGUUUGUUGGAGAUUCACUGAAUCGAAACCAGUGGGAAUCCAUGAUUUGUUUUGCUCAGUCUGUUGUUCCUCCGGGCAGGAAGAGCUUGGUGAAGAAUGGCUCCCUCUCUGUUUUCAGAGUUGAGGAUUAUAAUGCAACGGUGGAGUUUUAUUGGGCGCCAUUUCUGGUGGAAUCAAAUUCAGAUGAUCCAAACAUGCACAGCAUAUUGAAUCGAAUAAUAAUGCCCAAAUCAAUUAAAAAGCAUGGUGAAAAUUGGAAGGGCGUCGACUAUCUAAUUUUCAACACAUACAUUUGGUGGAUGAACACUUCCAAAAUGAAAGUUCUACGAGGAUCGUUCGAUCAAGGGGCGACGGAGUACGAUGAGAUGGACCGGCCGUCGGCGUACCGGAGUGUUAUAAGGACGUGGGCUAAGUGGGUGGACAAGAACAUUGAUCCCAAUCGGACCACCGUCUUCUUCAGCAGCAUGUCUCCACUUCACAUCAAGAGCUUGGAUUGGAACAACCCCGAUGGCAUAAAAUGUGCAAAAGAAACCACACCAAUUUUGAACACGACAACUCCAGUGCAUGUGGGCACGGACCGCAGGCUCUUUGUGAUUUCAAGCAACAUAACUAAAUCAAUGAAAGUGCCUGUCCACUUCCUCAACAUCACAACCCUCUCCGAGUUCCGCAAAGAUGCACAUACCUCAGUGCACACCAUCAGGCAAGGCAAGUUGUUGACGCCGGAGCAGCAAGCCGACCCGGCCACUUAUGCAGACUGCAUCCAUUGGUGCCUCCCCGGGUUGCCCGACACAUGGAACGAGUUCCUGUACACACGUAUCAUCUCCCGCUCUUGACAGAUAGGAACUUUUUUUAUUUUUUGGUUCUUUUAUUCAGCCAAUAUGACUACGGUGACAGCUGAGUGAGGAUGCUAAUUUUUGGCCAAUGUCUCACAAAAUUUGCUUAGGCUGAAAAGGGACUCUUUUCUACCCCCUCCCCCCACCUGAAUUGAAAAAUUAAUAAUCGAAAGAAAAAUAAAGAAAACGCUAAACUGUACGUCCUUUUCUCUUCUCAUCCUAUUUUUACUUCUAGUUUUGAAAAUGACGACUAAAUU